AUGAUGCAAGAAUCUGGGCCUGAGACAAAAAGCAACGGUUCAGCCAUUCCGAAUGGAGCAGGCAGCGGCAACCACUUACUGGAGUGCGGCAGCCUACGCGAAGGGAGAGCCAACGGCGAGACACCGUCGGGGGAGAUUGGCGCGGCGGAUUUAGCACAUAUCCAGCAGCAGCAGGCUCUUCAGGUGGCAAGACAGCUUCUUCUACAACAGCAACAAGUUAGUGGACUAAAGUCCCCCAAGAGGAAUGACAAACAGCCAGCUCUUCAGGUUCCUGUGUCAGUGGCUAUGAUGACACCUCAAGUUAUCACUCCCCAGCAAAUGCAGCAGAUCCUCCAGCAACAAGUGCUCACCCCUCAGCAGCUCCAGGUCCUGCUUCAGCAACAGCAGGCACUCAUGCUUCAACAGCAGCAGCUUCAAGAGUUUUACAAAAAACAACAGGAACAGUUACAGCUCCAACUUUUACAACAACAACAUGCUGGAAAACAGCCUAAAGAGCCACAGCAACAGCAGGUGGCAGCUACCCAGCAGUUGGCCUUUCAACAACAGCUCUUACAGAUGCAACAGUUACAGCAACAACACCUCCUGUCCUUGCAACGUCAGGGUCUGCUAACCAUUCAGCCUGGACAGCCUGCCCUUCCCCUCCAACCUCUUGCCCAAGGCAUGAUUCCAGCCGAACUGCAGCAGCUCUGGAAAGAAGUGACAAGCUCGCAUCCAGCGGAAGAAACCCCGAGCAACAACCAUAGCAGCUUGGAUCUGUCUUCCACAUGUGUCACCACCUCUUCUGCACCUUCCAAGACCUCCUUAAUAAUGAACCCCCAUGCCUCCACAAAUGGACAGCUAGCACCAGUCCAUACUCCUAAAAGAGAAAGUUUAUCCCAUGAAGAUCAUCCCCAUAGCCACCCACUCUAUGGACAUGGUGUCUGCAAGUGGCCAGGCUGUGAAGCAGUGUGUGAAGAUUUCCAAUCAUUUCUAAAACAUCUCAACAAUGAGCAUGCGCUGGACGAUAGAAGUACAGCUCAAUGUAGAGUACAGAUGCAGGUUGUACAGCAGUUAGAACUCCAGCUUGCAAAAGACAAAGAGCGCCUACAAGCAAUGAUGACCCAUCUCCAUGUAAAGUCAACUGAACCCAAAGCCACCCCUCAGCCUUUGAAUCUGGUAUCAAGCGUCACACUCUCCAAAACCGCAUCGGAGGCUUCUCCACAGAGCUUACCUCAUACUCCUACUACCCCUACAACACCCAUCACUCCCGUCACCCAAGGACCUUCUGUCAUCACUACCACCAGCAUGCACAAUGUGGGACCCAUCAGAAGGCGGUACUCAGAUAAAUACAAUGUGCCCAUUUCUUCAGCAGAUAUUGCGCAGAACCAAGAAUUUUAUAAGAACGCAGAAGUUAGACCACCCUUUACAUAUGCAUCUUUAAUUAGGCAGGCUAUUCUUGAAUCUCCAGAAAAGCAACUAACCCUAAAUGAAAUUUAUAACUGGUUCACGAGAAUGUUUGCUUACUUCCGGCGCAAUGCAGCAACGUGGAAGAAUGCAGUGCGUCAUAAUCUUAGUCUUCACAAGUGUUUUGUGCGAGUAGAAAACGUUAAAGGGGCAGUAUGGACAGUGGAUGAAGUAGAGUUCCAAAAACGAAGGCCACAAAAGAUCAGUGGUAACCCUUCUCUUAUUAAAAAUAUACAGAGCAGCCACGCCUACUGUACACCUCUCAAUGCUGCUUUACAGGCUUCAAUGGCUGAAAAUAGUAUACCUCUCUACACUACUGCUUCCAUGGGAAAUCCCACUCUGGGCAAUUUAGCCAGUGCUAUGAGGGAAGAACUGAAUGGUGCGAUGGAGCAUACAAACAGUAAUGAGAGCGACAGUAGCCCGGGCCGUUCCCCUAUGCAAGCAAUGCACCCCGUGCAUGUCAAAGAGGAACCUUUAGAUCCAGACGAGAAUGAAGGUCCACUCUCCUUAGUGACAACAGCCAACCACAGUCCAGAUUUUGACCAUGACAGAGAUUAUGAAGAUGAACCUGUAAAUGAGGACAUGGAGUGAAUGUCUGAAAUCUUUAUCCUGAGAAAUGAAGAUUGGGAAAAAAAACAAAACAAAAAAAAAAAAACAAAACAUGUCAAAGUCUGCUGUGAAGUCUCUCCAUUAUUGUACAGUCUGGGGGAUUUUCACUCCAUUUUGACAACUCUGAAAUGUGUUAACUCUUAGUGCCAUCAAGUAUCCCAUUUGGGAGUAUUUUUGAUUUUUCUACUUUUUGUUGAAAAAAGGAAUUUGUACUCUGUGCAUUGGAUGGACUUGUUUGGUACUUGGGAUUUUCCUCUCUUACAGUCAACAUCAGUGUUGUAAAUUUGCUAAACUGAUUCACUUAACAUUUAGCAGCAGACUUUGGACUGCAGUCCUGCCAAUCACAGACACUGAGGACGUCAGACUGAGCAUGUUCACCUAAACUGCAGAUCAAGCCUUUGCCCAGAUUUUAAGGAUUCCAAUGGACCACAUAUUUGCACAGUACUUACUGCAUGCUGAUUAUCACUGCCUUUACUCCAAUUUUUUUUUUUUUUUUUGCUUCCAUUUGGGAUGGGGAAGGCCUCUGUGUGUGUAUUGGGGGGUGGGGUUAAAGAAUAAUUAUCCCAAACUUUUUAAUGUAUUGCCUUUUUUUUUUUUUUUUUUUUUUUUUUUUUUUUUUUUUUUUUUUUUUUUUUUUUUUUUUUUGGCUUCUACUAUACCAUUUUAAGUUCUGACCUCAGGCCUCAAUUUGGGCCCAGGGCCUCUUUGAGGCUUUAAUGUUUUCUGUACUCUGUGAUGAAUGUUAAUAGGUGUUUUUAUUAUACAAAGCUGAAUGUCAUUUUCUUGUUUGUAGUUUUCUGUCAUUCAUUCCAGUUUCCUUCAGAUAGCACCCAUGUUUUCUUUAAAUUCAGAAAACAUUCCGUUUUGGUCUUUGCAAGAAGGUCCCAAAUGCUGCACUCUACCCCAAUGAAGGUUGUCCAACUCCAAAGGAUGAAAUCCUGCAAGAAUGAGAAUGAAUGACAGACAGACAGACAGAGAAACACUGUAGAAAGCAACGCAGAUUCAUUCCACAAAGCAGUAUUUGGGAAUUUUGUCUUAGGGUUGUUUUCUUGGCAGCCACAGUGAUCGAUAAUAAAUGCCACCUCAUCCGUAACAUCGUCAGGAUAUUUAGCACCAGUCGAAUUCAGUAGCAGCUCGUAUCAUUCAAUCCAAAAGCAAUUAUCAAGAGCCUACUAUGUGUCAGGCACUGUGCUAGACGCUGGGGAUGCAGACAAAUGAGAGUGCAGUGGCAGACACUCCCUUGUUUGACCCAAGUUUGGAUGGACCAACAGCUCUCGGAAGUAGUCAUAAGGAUCUGUGUAGGGUACCCACAAGGGUUACUUUGUCUGCAAAGUGGUGACAAAGUCAUGGACUUACGAAAAUACCAUUCCUGAAAGUAGUGGUGUUGUAACUUAAUUUAGGCAUCCAUCCAUUAAGGACUGCUUGGUGGCAUUAAUCUGCUUGAAUGCAAAUUUGAUUUCAGAUUGAACUUGUUAUGGCAAUUGUUAAGGACUGUGCCCAGGAAAUGUUCAAGUGUUAAUGAUUUCAAUUGUGCAAAUUCCAUACUGCGGUUUGUGUUGGUUUGGCAAUGUUCUUCUGCCGACUUGUAUCACACACUCAGAGUGAGAGGAACGGCAGCAGUCUCAGGACUGAAGCUUGCCUUUGGGAGCUCAGCAGUUAUCAUGCACGGCGGGGAGAGAAAGCUGGAAUUCUCCAUCAGUCCCCUCAGUCACAAAACACCUGAGCAUGUUCAUUCUGCAACCACUGUUGUCACUCAGUUAUUUAUGUAGGAUGGUAGCUUAUUUUUUAUUUUAGUUUGAAAGCCUUUCAGAGCUUAAUUUAUAUUCUCCUUUGUACUUUUUUUCUAAAAUUACCAAAGAUAUUACACAAAGGUAAAUUAUGUUCUCUGUUAUAUGCUUUAUCUUAUGAAGCCAAAUAUCCUCUUAUUGUUGAUCAAAGGAGGUGAAAGAAUUUAGUGGGAAAUGACAAGCUAUGGGCUAUUGCUAACCUGAGAGAGAACUGCUCCUUUAUUCUAUAAUAAAUUUAGAAGGCCAAGUAGGUAAUGGAACCAAAGUUGUUGCUUUUUUUUAUUAUUAUUAUUAUUUUGUGCACCUCUACAGUGACUGAAGCUCACUACUGUAAGGAAAAAUUAUGGGGGCUAUCGAGGAUCAAAGUAGGGAACCAGUAUUAAAAGGAACGACAGAAGGGGAGAACUCCCGUGACAAAGGAAAAAAAAAAAGUGAAUGUAUGUUGCAGAAAAUUAGUGUAUCCAAUAAAGGAGGCAGUUAAAUAAAAUUGAGAGAGAACAAGAAAAGCUUCCAUGAUUGAACUGGGACAUAUACUAGAUUUUCUAGAGGAAAAAAUGUUUGUUUGACAGAUUGUAUGCCACUUUUUUUCUUUAAGGAUUGUGCUCUGAUCACAUCUUGAAUUUUGGGUUAUCUUGGCAUAAUUUCUCAGUUUUUGUUGGUUAGGUUAUAUUCACUAUUUUUCCACAAUGAAAUUACACUCCUGUCCACUCAUAAGCUUGGUACAAAAAACCCAGAAACUUGAUUGGCAGUCUUUGGAGCUCCAUCCACUCUGCUUCCCACCAUACAAAGGGCAGUCUGUGGUCAUUUUAAACUUAGCCUGAUGUGCGGGCAGUAGCCCGAUGGGAUCAUGAGAAGUGGGCCCUGUGUUUCUAAACUGAGUGGGUUGCUGGCUAGUUCGGUAUUCAAAAGAGGAUAAAAAUCUGGUAGAUUAGUUCAUUCUCAGCAUGUGUAGCUAGACAUGAGUAAAGAGAACAGCAUGAGAAACUGUUAGUUCGCAUACCUCAGUUCAAACCUUUAGGGAAUGAGUAAAAGAAAAAUACAUUGCACUCAGUUGCACUUAGUUGUAUGUCUUGCAUGCUUAGUCUAAAGACUGUAGCAAAAAAUAAAAUAAAAAGAGAGAAAAAUUAGAUUUUACGUCUCUUGCGGGUAUCAUGGCCUCGCAGAAGAACCAACUGAAAAAAAAAAUCUCAGGCUUUCUUUCCGUCAAGCAAACUUCACUCUGAUUUUUACCGUUCUGAUUCCGUAUCCCUUUGGGUACCCAGUUGCUUCUUUAGGGUGGGGUUUAUUAUGUUGUACAUAUAUAGCCCGCUGUGUCUGUGUGAGCCUUUGUCUUUUUUGGGGGAGGGCGGAGGGAGGUUCAUUUUUUAGAUAUUGUUCCUAAAAAGGAAUAAAUGCAUACACCUGUUUGUCAAAACACCUUUCUUUUUUUUGUGCAACUGCUUUAUAUUAACUAUACUAAAAAUAGCUUUGGGAAAAAAAAAAAACCUACUGUAUGUAAUGGGAUUGCAGAGUGUGCUGCACAUGUAUUUCAUUUAGUUAUCCUUGCUUAAAGAAUAUUGGAUGACAUUUCCUGACAUGUGGGAGAAAAGCCCUGACCCUCCCCUACCCCUCCCCUCUUUUUUUGGCUUUUAAAUUGUAACAUAGUUGAAAGAUUUUGUUUUGUGUUUUUUUUUUUUUUUUCUGUUAUCAUUGAUUGAAGCAUUUUGUACAGUUGUUUUUGUGUGUGUGUGUGUAUUAAGCUGGGUUAUUUUUUUUUUUUUGAUACUUCCCCCCCCUCCCUCCCCUCUUGUGUUAUUCUACCACUGACAUUUCCGGCUGUCUUCAAUGAGUUCCUAACAUUUGAAAAGGAAAAAAAAAAAUGUUGUUGAAAAUGUUUUCUCCUGCUGCAGUAAAUAUUUUGCAUGAUGAAAGUCCAGGGUCACACUUUCAAAGUUUAUCAGUGAAGUAGUGAUUAUUAAUGGGGAGUGUCAAACUAUUGAACUUUUGUAUAAAAAAAAAAAAAACUUUACAAGGUGCCAAGAUGUAAAGACAAUUUGUUACAUGUUUUUUUUCUCAAAGAAAAGCGUACAUUUUGAAAGUAGUACCAUGUAUCAGGUAAACACGCUGUCAGGAAUGAGGGUCCAGCCUUCCUUGUCCCCAGAGUUUGUAAACGUGAAACCUGUUUGGUUUCUGCAUUUGACUAGCAGAAAAAAAUGAUGUAUCAAGGCUUAUGUAGAAUUAUUGUGACUGCCCAAGCUGGCUGUCACUUUUUUGAUGCUGACAUAGGAUGGUUCUUACCUAAUUCCCAAUGCUCUGUCUCAGAACUGCUAUGGGAUACCUCAGAUUUUCAAUCUAGAACUACUGUGCAAAUCACUAGAUAUUUUAAUCCAAAAAAAAAAAAAAAAAAACUUUUUUAAGGGGGGGAGGGGGGAAACCUUGAGAAUUCUUGUAGUUUUCAGAUUACAGGUGAGCCCCAUUUCUUAAGAACACAAAAGACUGUGCAUAGAAUGGUUUUAAAUCUCUUUGGUACCUUUUAGUUAAUAACUUACACCGAGUUUUUGGGAUGUUUAGAAAAGAGUUUUAGCUUUCUUAUCUCAAGGAUCAAAUCGACAGCUCCAGUGGCAUUUCACGGGCCUGCCAUAGUUUAUAAAAUAUCUGCUACACAUAAGCCUUGAUGAAAAUGGUACAGUCCAGACUGUUAGCAUGGUGCUGUGUGUGUAUGUGCUGCCAGUAACGAGAUUUUUUUUGAUAAGGCAUAAAAGAAACUCAUUCCUUACAUCAACUGUAAUUCCAUCAUUCCAUGUCUGUUGAUACAGACAAUAAAAAAAUGUUGUGUAGUCAGUACUAAUUACUGACAUUAUAGCAUUCUCAAAUGCAAUAAAAAUGCUGGUUGUUCACACUGGUCGUA